AUAAUAAAUAUUUAAGCGAUUCUAUAAACAUAACCUAGAUGUCUUCUUGAUGUUAAACGUAACCUAAAUAGUAGUUGAACGUAGUCAUCACUUCGUGCUCUACAUAAUCACAGUUUUUACGAAACAUUAGUUUUAAAUCGAAAAUGGAGUCCAUAGAUCCUCAAGAAGCACUUAAAUUCAUGCAAUUUGUGAACAAUCUAAAACACAGCUCCAGAAGAGGAUGGUCAGUGUUAAACAUUAAAAAUCAUGAACAAAUUUCUAGUCACAUGUAUGGUAUGGCCAUGAUGACAUUCUUACUAGGCGACAAUUCAAAAUUGGACAGACUGAAGUGCCUUCAAUUAGCUUUAGUUCAUGAUUUGGCUGAGAGCAUAGUUGGUGAUAUAAUUCCAAGUGAUAACAUACCAGAAGAAAAGAAACACGAAAUGGAAGACGAAGCUAUGAAGGAAAUAACAACUGCAGCAGGCAGUGAGGCUGGAAAAUUGAUCUACAAUUUGUACAAAGAAUAUGAAGCUAAGGAAACCCCUGAAGCUAAAUUUGUGAAGGAUCUGGAUAGAUUUGAUAUGUUGUACAGUGCUACAUAUUAUGAAAAAAGAGACAACAAGCCAGAAUUCUUAGAAGAGUUCUUUAAAUCAACUGAGGGCAAGUUCAACAGUCCGUAUAUACAAAAGCUUGUCAAUAUCCUAAAGGCUCAAAGGAAGGAGGCUGCUAAAGCUGUAUCCAAUGGGGACAAAGUUGAAUAAUAAAUUAUUUUCGUUUU